AUGGCUCACCAUCAAUACCAAAAGCCAGCUCGAAAGCGAUACAAGAUGGUCGACGCAUCUCCCGCCGACGAUCCUCGAACAGAGAACGACACUCUCCAAGAGAAAGGCAGAGAGAAAGUCCACGAACAGAAAGACAAAGACACCAUUCUCGUCGCCGUUCUCGCUCAUCAUCAAACUCAUCAACUCAACACUUCUACCACUGCUUCCGCCCAACAAACCACCACACGCGAGUUACAAGACCAACCUCCAGCAAACCAAGUCCUCGCAAUCCGCAAACGCAUCGANAAAGAAGAUGCUCGCCACACCCACAACCUCUGCAACCUCGAAAACAAAUUCAACACCGAACAUACCCGGCACUCGACCCUUACAAAAAGNUUUCGCUCGCGAUUGAUCGACUUGAGUACCGCCCACCGCGAAACCCUCCGUUCUUCGCCCAAGAAGUUGCAACAACCUACCACUGAUGGAAAUGAGGUUAUGACAAACGGCAAUGCAGGCAAACAAGGGUAUAUCACAAAGUGGCUGGAGGGACUUAAAUCCAUGUCUAGCUUUUCAGGGUUGAGGGAGAGUAGUGAUGGGAUUAGUAGUGUGGAGGUUGUUGCUGCUAAGGAUGCAAAGGGAAAAGGCAAGGGGAUUAGGAUUGUGAGUGAUGACAUUGAGGAAGGAGGUGUUGUUGAUGGUGAUGUUUAA